AUGUCACUCGUGCAACGCACUCCGCCACCUGUGUCCGAGAGUGGAUUACUACAAGUACAAUCCGAGCCCGAUAUGGUGACUGCCAUGCGUUACGAGGAUGAAAUUGAAACCUCCAACGUUUCUACACGCAAAAAGCGCCCACGUCUUGAUGGAUCACCGUUAGACGAAUAUUCUAGGCUGAAAAAAGAUAUUCAACAGAUGUUUAAGAACUGGGCAGCUGAACAAGACUUAAAAUUUUCGAAAUUGAUAACCGAAAUUUCCGAUUUGAAACAGCAAAAUAGAGUUAUACAAGAGACUAAUUUGGAGAUACGCAAAUUUAUGACAUUUGCCUCCACAGAAUAUGAUGAUAUGAGAAAAAAGAUAGCAAAAUUAGAAAAAGAACGUUCCGAGUACACUGAAAAUUUAAUGAAAAUGGAAAGAAAAAUACUCGAUCUACAGGUUAAGUCCCGCACGGCAUCAAUAGAAUUUAGAAAUAUCCCUAUGCAAGAAAGGGAGACGACCGAUGACCUGCUUUCCAUAGUAAGCAGCGUAUGUAAUGCUCUGCAUAUUCCCAUCAAACACGAUGAAGUGCGGGAUGUUUACCGUCUACCGGGUAAACCUGAAACGAAUAAAACUAUCGUGGCCGAAUUUGUAACGGUGCGCGGCAAAAAUAAUAUUUUGUCAGCGGCUAGAAAUUUCAAUAAAAAGAAACCGACCGAAGAAAAACUUAACUCCGAAUCCAUUGGGUUAUCUGGUAAGCGCAUACCAAUAUAUAUUUCAGAAUAUUUACCACCAAGCUCCAAAGCCCUAUUUCGAAAAGCUAGAAUGUACGCCAAAGACAAUAAAUACCAAUAUUGCUGGACGACUAAUGGCCAAGUUUUUAUCCGAAAAUUGACUGGUGAAAGGUCUAUUAGAAUUGAUUCUGAUAACUUUUUUCUCUCUAAGCCAACUGAAAUGGAGAAUGCAGAACCCAAUCGAGAAAUGUCAUUCCAGAGCGAUUUGGAGAAAUUUAGUCAGCAGAAUAAGAUUACGUAUAUAUAA